AAGUUGGCGCUUAUCAUUAUAUAUUGCGUGUUCGUUUUAAAUUCCGUUAAAAUUUAAAUUUAAUAAAAAACUUAUAUCAAAAAUUGUUUUGCGUGUUUUUUUUCAAGUGCUUGCUGACUCCAGAAGAUGUCCGACUACGGCAGGAGUGGUUACUCCGACCCUUACUGGGGUGAACAACCCCCUCAAGACCCGAACUACGGUUUCGACAUGUCGGGCAGCAAUUUCGGCCAAGAACUGAACUUCCAGUCGUUCGACGGCCAGCAGCCCUCAGAAGGGAGUCAGUACUCGGGCGCGCCUUUGUACGAUUCCAACCCGUACCUGGACCCCGCCGGGGGCUCGGGAGGCUACCGCGGGGCCAUCUUCACCCCGCAGGCCGGCCCGGGACUCCACCAGGGGACGGGCGGGUGGCGGCGGGGACUACGACGACGAGCCACCCCUCCUGGAAGAACUUGGCAUCAAUCCAGACCACAUCAUACAAAAGACGCUGUCCUUUUGUUUCUUCAGAAACUUUUGCUUUAG